AUGUCAGACAUACUAAAGCUUGUCGUGUCCUUGUUUAUUGUCGGUUUAGUUGGAGUAGGGAUUUUUGAUUAUGUUAAGCUACACGAAGAGAAUGGCUGUGAAAUGACUUGGAUGUAUGAAUAUCCUGAGUAUUUGAAAGUAGAUGUUGGAAGGAAAGUAUCUGAAGCCUAUCCUAAAUAUAACCUUUAUUUAUAUGGAGAGGGAUCCUACGCUGGCAGAAUAAGAAGCCUGAAGUUAGAUGGAGUUCCUGUAUUAUUUAUUCCUGGUAAUGCUGGCAGUUACAGACAAGUGAGAUCGCUGGGUUCGGUGUCAUUAAGAAAGUCAGAAAAUAUCAAAAAUAAAAUACAGUUUAAUUAUUUCUCAAUAGAUUUUAACGAGGAAUUUUCUGGUCUGUAUGGUGGAGUUUUAAAAGAUCAAACAGAAUUUGUGAAUGAAUGUAUCAAGAAGAUAUUAAGUUUCUAUAAAUCUAGUAAAUCUCCACCUUCAUCCGUUAUUUUAGUCGGUCAUUCUAUGGGUGGUGUUAUUGCUAGAGCUUUAUUUACUCUAUCAGAGUUUAAUAUAAACCAUGUAAAUACAAUAAUAACACAAUCUACUCCUCAUCAAUCACCUGGUAUGUAUUAUAGAACCCCAACCCUGCUGAAUGUACCUCAGUAA